AUAAAGAGAUCACGUCGUCAUCUUCUUCAACCUCUCUGACCUGUUCUCUUCUGUUCUGUUCCUCUCUGCUUUUUCCUCAUUCCUCAUCUCUGGAGCUGGAGGGUCAGGUCAACCUCCUCCCCCCUCCUUCUUCCAACCGCCGCCAUGCCCUACCUCCGCCUCAUUCUCCUCCUCGCCGUCUUAUCCCUCGUCUCUUCCUCUCUCUCUCAGCCCUCUCCUCCCUCCGCUAUUCUGAUCGACUGCGGCGCCUCCGCCUCCUCUGUAAUCAACGGCCGUAAAUGGCAAUCCGACACGGAUCUCAUCUCCACAGGAACAUCCAAGAACGUCUCCGGACAAGUCCUGGACCAAAUCUUAUCAACCCUCAGAUCCUUCCCUCUUAACCCUUCCGCCACUCGUCGCAAGUUUUGCUACGUCAUCAGCGUCUCUCGUGGAUGGAAGUACAUGAUCAGGACGACUUAUUUCUACGGAGGAGUCAACGGAAAGGACACUCCUCCGCCGGUUUUCGAUCAGAUCGUCGACGGGACGCUUUGGGGAGUUGUUAAUACCACUGCUGAUUAUGCAGACGGUUUAGCUUCUUAUUACGAAGGUGUUUUCUUAGCGCAGGGGAAGUCCAUAAGCGUAUGCAUUGCUUCGAAUACGUAUACGAGUUCGGAUCCGUUUAUCUCGGCCUUGGAGGUUGUUAGGCUUGAUGGUACUGUUUAUAAUUCUACUAAGUUCAAAGAGUUUGGGAUGAGUCUUGUUGCUAGGCAUGCUUUUGGGUACAGUGGACCAAUCAUCAGGUUUCCAGAUGAUGAGUUUGAUAGGUUUUGGGAGCCAUACUCGCUAAACUCGACAGUACCAAACAAUCGAAAACUAGAAGUUUCUGGUUUCUGGAACCUCCCGCCUUCGAGGAUAUUCAACACUGAUCUAAGAGCUAACCAGGUGCAACCUCUGGAGUUCACAUGGCCCCCAAUGCCCUUGAAAAACUCUUUUUAUUACAUCGCGCUAUACUUUGCCCAUGACUCUGAUUCGUUGGGAGAUGGAACAAGAGUCUUUGAUGUUUCUGUGAAUGGUAUAGCAUAUUAUAAAGACCUCUCUGUCUCUCCAGCUGGUUUGGUUAUAUUUGCAAGCAGGUGGCCGCUUGAAGGUCUCACAACGUUGACUCUAACUCCUACGAGUGAUUCAACUCUUGCUCCUCUUGUUAAUGGUGGUGAAAUGUUUGAGUUGAUAUCUCUUGGAGGGAGAACUCUUGUUCGAGAUGCGACUGCUCUGAAUGCUAUUAAAAGAAGUUUCAAGAACGUACCGGUUGAUUGGAACGGAGAUCCAUGUAUGCCUAAAAACUACUCGUGGACUGGUGUUACAUGCUCUGAUGGCCCUCGAAUUCGCAUAGUAGCUUUGAACUUAACUAGUAUGGGACUUUCAGGUUCUCUAGCACCUCAAGUUUCCAAAUUAACAGCAUUAUCCUCUAUUUGGCUGGGGAACAAUUCUCUCACUGGAAGUAUACCUGACUUAGGCUCACUCAAGUUUCUGGAAUCAGUGCACUUGGAAAACAACCGUUUCAAUGGAGCUUUUCCUUCAUUUUUCGGUGGAGUGCCGCGAUUGCGUGAGCUGUUCUUGCAAAACAAUAACCUAACUGGCAAGAUUCCUAGCAAUCUUCUUCAGAAGCCAGGACUUGAGCUAAGGGUUUCUGGUAAUCCCUUUUUGACUCAACCGCCACGUUGAUUCAGCCCGUUUAAGAAGAAGACGACAAUGAUUUGAGUUUGUGUUAUAGUUUUGUAAAUUAGAAGCUUCACGUGUAUAUCAUCCUACUUUAACAUAUAUCUGAAUGCUUCAUUCUUUUAUUUACUUACUUUGGGGGACAAGGGAUUACUGAUUGCAUAUGUUGUGUAAUGAAUACAAAAAAUAUACAUCAUUGUUG